AUGGCGUCGUCGGCCAAGAUUGACUUGUGCCGUCCGUCAUCGGGUCAGCCGCAGAACGGCUGUCUCAGCGACCUGCCCUCCACCUCGACCGGGAUCCGGCCCGUGAAGCCGGAGAUCGUCAAGUCCGAAGGAAGCGACGAUGAGAAGGCGCCCACGCUACACAGGGAAACCGACCUCAACUACGACUCGGACUCGCCCAAGAAGUCGCCGCUGACUUUGGUAGGGAUUUGAGGUUGCAUUUUUUUCGAUUUUUAGACUUAUACGGACAUACGGACAUUUUAUACGAUAAAAAUUCUGUUGCCAUUUUAAACCUUAUAAACUGCUGCUAUAUCAAAGAAAAUCCGCCGGUUAACAUUGUUAAUCAUCCUUUUUUCAAAUAAUAAUCUCAUUUUGAGAUAUUACAAAAUAUCAGACAAGUUAUACGACCAAAGUUUUCUCAAGGCAUCCUCAUAAAACAUGCCUACAAAUAUAACAAAUAUGGCUAAAGUCCCCUUUAUCACACUCUAUGUUUGCCUUAUUUGCAGAAGCCCGAUCCAGACCGUCCCUCGUCCUCCUCAAACUACUCAGAUUUGCAUCCGGAAGAGUACAACAACAGAGAGUGGAACAUUGAAAAAAUUCAAUACAACACCAGUGCGGCCUAUAAUUCGGUGACUUCGCGGCUAACCGACUCUUUGUCAUCCAAUCUAUACGAUCCGAAGAAACAGAAGACCGGCUGGGCGUAUUACACUAGAGAUCGGGAGGAAUUCCGAUGUUUCAGCGAUGAGAAUCGAACGUUCUACCGGAUUGGGGACUACGUUUAUCUCGAAAUGGAUGUCUCCAGUCCUUAUGUUAUCGGGAAAAUAGACAGUUUCAAAAUGGUAAGGGGACAUUUUAUACGAUGAAAUUAGUAAAAAGCAUAAGGGUUUUUUUGCAUCUCUAAUGUAUGUGUUUCAGAGAAAGACUAGUUCCAAAAACACCCUUCAAGUACGUUGCACAAAGUUCUUUCGUCGCGAUGAGCUCGUCCCUGAUGCGAUUUCGCUACUUGACUCGGAAAGAGUUGAUGCCGGAGUUGUGGAGAACAAUUCAGAUGUCAAAGCCCGUGAACUUUUCCCGUCCGAAUCUCAGGUCACUGCUCAAGUGGGAUGUCUUCGGUAAGGCCAGCCCAUGAUUUUGCUGAUUUUUUCCGAUCAGGACAUUUUAUACGAUAAAACAUAUUUUAUCGUAUAAAAUGUCGCUUUCUUCAAAAUUAAGUUCGACUAACCAAGAAUCAUCAUUUCAGAGGCCUAUGCAACGUAUUGGAUAAAAGUGUACAGUACAUGCUAGAGAAUGGCAUCGAAGGAAAGGACACUUUCUUCUACUGUAUGUCGUAUACCUCGGAAACGGGACGGAUAGCAAUGUUUCACCCCGAAAUUAGGAUUGGCAAAAAUCAUCAGGUGAGACGGCCCGCUAAUCCCGACUCUCAGCCAUUCAGAUAAUCCGGAUUUUAACGUUUUUUUUGAAUUUUUAACUUUCCCGCCAAAAUUGGCAUUCUGUUUCAAGCUGUAAUUGUGGUCAAAUUUCAGGCGGAAAUCCCGAACUGUUUGUCAACAACUACGAAUAAAGUGAAAGCGCAUGACAAAGAUCGAGAGCAGCUGCUUUUCGAGCCAGGACGGGUAUCCGAAGAGACGGAGAACUUGUUCGUUGAAAAUGUGAAGAACUAUCGAAGAACGGCCGCUGAAAACUGCCCCAAAAUGAAUGAGCUGGAGAAGAAGGCGUUUCUGGGUGAUAGAGUUCGCAAUGACGCCUGUGAAGUGGUGAGUUUUGCAAUAGAAACAUCAAAAAUGCAAAAUACCCCCAAUUUAUACGAUGACAUACGUUAAGCCGACGUUUUGGCGAAAUUAGAUAAUCCUAAGCGACAUUUGGUGAUUGAGUAAACCGUGUAUCGUAUUUCAGCUGCACCGCUGCAACUAUGAUGCCAGAGAGGCGAUAAAAAAGGCCAUGGAAGAGGAUAAAAUCUACCUUGAAAACAAGACUUUCAUGUCAUCAGAGGACUGUAAAAAAUUUGUCAAAGGUCUCAGGAACUAUGGAAAGAACUUUCACAAAAUCGCUAAAGAAUCAUUUGGGACUAGUUUCGGCCGCGUAAGUUCAAUUUUUAUUCACUAGUCGACAUUUUAUACGAUGAAAUAUGUUUUGCUUACCAACCAUGUUUUGUCGUAUAAAAUGGUAUGUAAGGGAAAAAUUAAAUAAUUUAUGAUCCUAACUGCGGCUGUAGUGAUUUUCAUACCACAGCGAAUUUUAUACGAUCAAAUGUGUUCAUCUUAAAACAUGUUUGAUCGUAUAAAAAUUCGCCGCCGACUCGCCGAACUCUCCGUUUGCUAGUAGUCCGCUUUGUAAUCUACUUAAAACUCGCGGCACUUUUUUUUUGUUUGCUUUGUUUGCGACCCGAUAAAGCGCUCGCUUCACGUGAAGCCGGAGUUCACGUGAUCCAGCCGAUAAGUCGCCAAGCAAAGUUCGACGUCCGUUUUAUGUUAUUUUCGUCGCGGGGUUUUGUCUUGUUGUCGGGCGAGCGGUGCGGCAUGGGAAUUAUUAAAUUCCUGGAAAUUUAAAUUUCAAACAUUGCCCUGCUGAUCGCUUAUCAGCCGAUAAGAUCGUGCGUCUGCAGCCGGGCCCUUAAGCAAAUCUUCGGUCGAGAAUUUCUUUUUCGUCGAAAAAUCUCGCUUUCCUACGGCGUUUUACGUUUUGUUUGCGAAGUCUCACGUUUUUCGUCCAUAAUUCGGACUUUAUGGAGAUGGACGUCAAUCUAUUUUAAAGGUGGCAGUAUGCCUCAUAGACUGAGUUGUGGCUACACUUUUUGUAGUCGACUCCAAAUUCGUCAACUUCAGUUUGCAGCCGCAAAAUUUUAUACAAUUUGUAUGAAAUUUAGGCCCUCAUUCAUAAAAUUUACGUUUUUUUUGCAUAAACUCAUUUUUAUGCCCAAAAACGUGCGAUUUCGAAAGAAAAAAUGAUUCCUGGGACUCUCAGCUUGCUGACUGUUUAUUUGCGUAUCCCAAACAUGUGUUUUUCGACGUUUUCCUGCAUAAGAAAUGACGUUUCCGGUGCCUAAACCGCACUCGCGGUGUAAUAGCCGGGUGUUUUGUAAUUUUCGCGAGACCUGCGUCACGUGGAAGUGGUCAAAGUUCGCGAAAUGACUUUCUUUUUUUCUCUGGGACGUCCUUAUCAGACCGCCGUAUUGCAUGAGUGAAUGGGGCCUCAAAAAUUUAUAUUUGCGCUCAUGGUAACAAAUAUCACUUACCGUGACAUUUGCUACCGUAAUAUCAGCCUGAGUCAGCAUUAUUAUGCAGAUCUCGAAACGCCACGUAGUCAGGCGCUUACUCCGAAUUGGGAUCGUCGUUUUUUCCUUGUAAUGUAAACAAGUUUUUUUGGAGGGGAAACCCGAAUUUGUAUUAAAAAAUUAAUUUUUUUUCGAAAAAUUGUAGCCACUAGGGUUGCAAAUGAAAAUUAAUCUCCAAACUACAUCUCUCCGUAUCUGAAUUUACAAUUUUAUAAGAAAAUAUCCCACGCUACAUGUUACAAUAUAGCUAUUUUGUUGUCGUUUUUUAAACGCUUUGAUGCAUAAUUCCGUCGUUUUUUUGCAGGGAGAGCUCGUCCAUUACUACUAUUGUUGGAAAAAAGGUCCGGAAGCCUUCAAGCCGAAGAAUCCGACGCGCAACAAGUCCAUCUACCCGCAGACGAAACGCACGACCCGCAACGGCACCGCAACUCCCACACCCUCCGACCUCAUCGACUAUGACUCGCUGAGUGAGGACGAGGAGUGCGACUUACACCGAGCUUGUCAUCAUUGUUACUCCAGCGGUGAGUAUUUCGAAUUUCUCUGUUCGAAAUUUAGGACGACUACGCAAAUUGGCCGAAAUAUCGCCCGACAAACAUUUGUUUGUUGUAAUUCGGGGGAAAUGCCGGGACCAAAUUUCUUUAUCGCUUUUGUCGCAAGUCGUGUACAAUUUACAACGAAGCCGAAAUUUCAAAAUUUGCCGCAAUUAGUCACGCAAAGGUUGGGAAGUUUUCGGCGUAUAAAAUGUCGUCCGCAGGUGUAGUCGGAGGGUGUAAAGUAUGAAACCAUUAGAGUGCAUCCAAGAGUUUCCUGUUUUGAUAACAUUAUCUUGCGGGGUCGGAGAUAGGCGCCGCAGGGUGCAGUCAAAGCGUUUUUUCUUCACCUCUAGUCGAUCUGGUAUAAUAUGGGGGGAAAAAGUGUUCUUUUUGCGUUGGAAGUCACGUAAUACGAGGUCACAAAGUCUACUGGAUAUUCUUGCUGGAUGAUUUUGUUACAAUCCACCACCUAUUUUGCUAUAGUACCCUUGAAAUUUCAGAAAGCCGCGACUGGCACCACUCCGGCCAGGACCGACAGCUCUUGUGCACCGGCUGUCGGCACCAUUUCAAAAAGUACGGGAAUAUGCGACAUGUCGAGAACAAGCCCGACAGGCCCCCAGCGGCGUUGUGUCGGGAACAGACACCGACCUCGAACGAGGACGGAGAAGAUGGAGGAGUUCGGACGAGAUCAACAAGAUCGAAUCGCCAUCGAACGCCGUGUGACGACAGAGCGGGAAGAAGUGUGGAAUCGGAGCCGGAGAGACGGUCAACCCCACAGAGGAGCGUUAAAGUUCGGAAACGGAGCUAUCAUGUGUCUACGGGAAGUGGAGAGGAUGUAAGUCGAAAAGAACUUGGACUAGAGGCAUUAGUCAUCAAAUUCCUUUCUCAUUUUGGGCGCGGCGUGUCUUCGAAUCAAAAAUGUAGUGAUUUUGAAAAACGAAAACCUUACUCUCGACCCGACUCAACCCAAUAUCCAUUUUCAGAGCCAUUCCAACCUGAACAGCCCUCGAAAAAAGGAAAAGGAAGUCAAGAAGACUGAUAAGAAGGAGAAAGACGUCGCAGAUCUCCCUCCAAUCCUUGAGAACGAAGCUAAACGGGAUCAAGAGCUUCGAGAAACGUCAUCAUCAAGGACCUCAUCCUACGAUGGUGAGAAUGGAACACCGUCCAAGAAACGAACCGAUAAAUCGAGCCCCCCUCCCGAACCAAAUGCUCGAGACUCCAAGGAACCCGAGGUCCCGCAAGAACCCAAACCGGAGAUUAGUGAAAAUGGGUAAGGAAUUCGAGACCGUUAGCUGUUUUGAUGUUUAGUAGACAACAUGAGAUGUGAUGAGCGACAUGUUAUACGAUGAAACAUAUGAAGACAUGUUUCAUCAUAUAAUAUGUCAGAUAGGACGUUUCAUGACUAAAGCCUAAUUUUUAGCGAUCUUGACGAAGACAAAUUCGAAUGGGAGCCCCCAGUAAACGAAUGGAAGUUCAAGAACAUGGAGAACUGCAAGCUAAAACGGAAUGUCGAGAUCACCGAUCAGAGUCAGGACUCCUGCGCGCGAACCCAGAUCAUUCUCGAGAUUUAUGCCGAGACGAACUGGCAGAAACGGCAUAAAGAACGUGCGGAAGCGCGUGCUCAACAACAAAAACAAAAAGCCGAAGAGAUCAAGGCCCAACAAGCGGCAACCAGCCAAGCCCAAAAUUCAUUGGCUGGACUGGCGUCGUUGGCCAACAAUGCGGGCGGAAUGAAUCGUCCUUUAGGGAGUAUGCCUAAUACGACGAAUGGUUUGCAUGGUAAGCCCAAUUAUCCGAUUACUUUUGGUCUGGAGACAUUUUAUACGACUGAAAAUAUGAAAAAAAUUCAACCUUUUUUCAUUGUACAGGGUGUCCAGAGAAAUGUGCCGGAAAGUGUUCGUCGAUUUCUUGGCGCUCAGUCAAGAUAUCAAAAAAAUUUUUUUUUCAGGAGAAAGAAGGUUAUGGGCGGUUUUUUCUCCAAAAAGAUGAUUUUCUCCGCCGACGCGGAAAGUGGUGUAUUCGGCGGAGCCUUUUGAUGUCUUUUUUGGUCAUCACACUAAUCUUAAAAGCGUUUUUGUGAAUUUUGAUGGUUGGAAUGAGGAUUUUUGUUUAUUUUAAUGUUUUUCAAGCAUUCGGCGGAGGUAUGGCGGACGCUUGCCAUAUCGGCGGAGGCCAUAACUCGGCUUCGGAAAAAGAUACAGAACUGGAAAAUGGCUCAAAACGAUCCGUAUGCUUCGCUUUACAUUCCCUGCUCAGACCGUACGAAAAUCAAAGCCUUUUUUUGAGUCUGGCGGAGGAAUCGGCGGAGGCUAUAACUCGGCUUCGGAAAAAGACACAGAGCUGGAAAAUGGCUCAAAACGAUCCGUAUGCUUCGCUUUGCAUUCCCUGCUCAGUCCGUACGGCCGGCGACAGAGCGAUGCGAUUGCAUUCGGCGACUGCACGGUGCAGUUUGUCGCUGCGACACAAAUAACUUUCGAGCGCACUGUGCGGAGCUUGGAAACAGAAGGAAAAGAAGAAAUGUGGUCUAAAAAUUUUUUUGUUGUUUUUUGGUGCACCAAGUCAUUUGCCGUUCACUCAGUUUCUGCCAAACCUUGGCCACAAAAUUUUUGAAAACAAAAGAAAUGAGCAGUGAAUGUAAAGCGAAGCAUACGGAUCGUUUUGAGCCAUUUUCCAAUUCUGUAUCUUUUUCCGAAGCCGAGUUAUGGCCUCCGCCGAUAUGGCAAGCGUCCGCCAUACCUCCGCCGAAUGCUUGAAAAACAUUAAAAUAAACAAAAAUCCUCAUUCCAACCAUCAAAAUUCACAAAAACGCUUUUAAGAUUAGUGUGAUGACCAAAAAAGACAUCAAAAGGCUCCGGCGAAUACACCACUUUCCGCGUCGGCGGAGAAAAUCAUCUUUUUGGAGAAAAAACCGCCCAUAACCUUCUUUCUCCUGAAAAAAAAAUUUUUUUGAUAUCUUGACUGAGCGCCAAGAAAUCGACGAACACUUUCCGGCACAUUUCUCUGGACACCCUGUAUAAAAUGUCACCCAAUGAUUUAGUGUAUAUAACUAGUUGCUUAAGACCCCCUGUUCAUGGAAUUAUUAUUUCUAGGCAUGACCCUCUCAAGUCAGGCUCCAAUGUCGAUACCUCCAACAUUACCCAUCCCAAGUAUCCUCAACAACGGCUCUGGCGGCGGAAUUAUGCAGACAGGCCAAGGAAUUGUACAUAUACCACGGCUCCCUCCUCCGGAUAUACUCCAACAACAAUUUCGGGUGAGUUUUGGCGACUACGUCGUAACUUCCGCACCUUAUUAUACAGUAAGAACAGCACCAUAGGAGUCGUAUCACAUUUCCGACUAUUCGACGCUAAACUUAUUUAGUUUCAGCCCGGCGCACCUGUCAAUGGUCCCAGACCGCCAAACCUUAAUGAUCUGAUCAUCGCUCAACACCACAUUCAACAGCAACAACUUCAGCGACAGUGGGCAGCAUUAACCGGAGGAUUCCAGCCCAAUUCCGGCUUGAUGAACCCCGGAAUCCCCAUGGGAUUAUCGAUAAACCCUGCCGCGUUGGCCGGAAAUCCACAACUUUAUCAACAGCUCCAACAGCAAGCCGCCAUUCAGCAAAAUCAACGGAAUAAUCAGAUCUUCGAGCAGAUGCGGGAAAUGGAGGAGAGAAAACGGCGGGAGAUCGAGCAACAACAACAAAGAGAGCGGGAACAGCGAGAGCAAAGGGAACGCCAAGAAAGAGAGCAAAGAGAACGGCAGUUGCAACAACAACAGGCCGCACAACAACAAGCACAGCAACAACAGAACCAACAACAACAGGAGCUGAUGAACCAAUUGCUUUUGGGUAAGAGAAGAGCUAUCUUCUUUUAGAAUGGAGUUUGGGAGCUUGAACAUCUAAUAGAAUGGAGUUUGGAAGCUUGCUGGACCUCAUUCCGUAGUAUUGAGCCUAUUUCUGAGUAAAACUUCCCAUGGAUAAUAUUAGAAUUUAAACAAGUCACAAACAAAUUUUUUUGAAGCCGUUUGAGCCUAAAAUAAUACAUACUUGCUAGAACCCAUGGAAACGUGCCAUUUUGUUCUUUAUUUUAGCAUCCAUCUUCAUAGCUAGCUGCAAUUUCCUCCAUUCUCUUUCUUAGCUACCUAAAAAUCAAAAAAAUAUAUCUAAACCACUUACUUUUCUCAUUUUUCAGCCGGAAUGAACCCUCAAAUGUUGCUCAAUCUCCAAAUCCAACAGAACAUGAUGAAUGCUCAAGCCCUUCAGGCCAAUCCUCUCGCCUCGUUGGCCACCUCGAUGCCUUCCGCCUCUCAAAGCAACCAAAUCAACGCUCAACAGUUGGAGGCGAUAAUGCGAGCGCAUCAACCUCAGAACCAAUCGGGAAUGCCGGGCCUGAAUCCGCAGAUGGCGGCUCUUCUGACGGCGCAACAAACUCCUCAACGGCCUACCUCGAACCAGCAGCCGACGCCGCAAGGCACUCCUCAUCAGCCGCCGCGAACCACUCCAACCGGUCCGUUGGCGGGCCUCACCCAGAUGGCCAACCUGGCCGGACUCCCCGCCCAACAGAUGCAGGGGAUCGCGGCAAGUCAGGCCAACCUGGCCGCCAUGCAGAACGCUCCGCAGGACGUUCAAAUGAUGCUGCUUCAGCAGCUGCUGAAUCAGCGUCCCGGUCAGAACGGACUGGGCCAGAAAUGA